AUGGUUCGUAAAAAAAUAGAUAAUCGUAUCCGUAUCUUAAUUGAAAAUGGUGUUGUUGUGGGACAUAGAACAUUGUUUAUUAUUAUUGGUGAAAAAGCACGAGAUCAGGUUGUUUUGCUACAUCAUAUGUUAUCCAAAUCUAUUAUAAGAGCUAGACCUUCUAUACUUUGGUGUUAUAAGAAAGAAUUAGGAUUUAGUAGUCAUAGAAAAAAGCGAAUGAAAUCCUUACAAAAAAAAGUUAAAACAGGAAAGUUGGAUGUUAAUGAAGAUGAUCCAUUUGAAUUGUUUGUAGUUUCUACUAAUAUAAGAUAUUGUUAUUAUCAUGAAACACAUAAAAUAUUAGGAAACACAUAUGGCAUGUGUGUUUUACAAGAUUUUGAAGCAAUUACACCAAAUUUGUUAGCACGUACUAUUGAAACUGUUGAAGGAGGAGGACUUAUUGUAUUUCUUUUACAAUCAGUAAAUUCUUUAAAACAAUUAUAUACCAUGAAUAUGGAUGUUCAUCAAAGAUUUCGUACAGAAGCACAUCAAGAUGUUGUUGGCCGAUUUAAUGAAAGAUUUUUACUAUCUCUUGCUUCAUGUAAAAGAUGUUUGGUUGUUGAUGAUCAAUUAAAUGUAUUACCUUUAUCAUCACACAAUUUAAAGAUUGAACCUGUGCAAAAAUUACCUUCUUCUGAAGAAUUAUCAGAAUUAGAUGCAUUAAAGGAGGGUUUAAAAGAUACACAGCCUAUUUCUUCGCUUGUUAAUUGUUGCAAGACAAUUGAUCAGGCAAAAGUACUUCUCAAGUUCAUUGAAUGCAUAUCAGAAAAAACAUUAAGAUCCACUGUUUCUUUAACUGCAGCUAGAGGACGUGGAAAGUCUGCAGCAUUAGGUUUAGCUGUUGCUGGUGCUAUAACAUUUGGAUAUUCAAAUAUUUAUAUUUCAAGCCCAAGCCCAGAAAACUUAAAUACCCUGUUUGAAUUCAUUUUUAAAGGAUUUGAUGCAUUAGAAUAUCAAGAGCACCUUGAUUAUGGACUUGUACAAUCGACAAAUCCUGAAUUUAAUAAAGCUACUGUACGUGUAAAUGUCUUCCGCGAUCAUAGACAAACAAUUCAGUACAUUCAUCCUACUGAUGCACACAAAUUAAAUCAAGCUGAAUUACUUGUAAUUGAUGAAGCUGCAGCAAUACCUCUUCCUUAUGUGAAAGCUAUGCUUGGACCUUAUUUAAUAUUUCUUGCAUCUACUAUUAAUGGAUAUGAAGGAACAGGCAGAUCUUUAUCAUUAAAAUUGUUACAACAAUUAAGAAACCAAACUGUUGGCUCAAAUAGUCAUGAAAAAAAUAAGACACAACCAAAUGAAAAGAUUGUUAUUGGAAGACAGUUAUAUGAAUUGACUUUAGAAGAAUCUAUUCGUUAUAAACCAGGAGAUUCUAUUGAACAGUGGUUGUGUGAUUUAUUAUGUUUAAAUGCUACAAUAAAUACACCUAUGUUAUUAGGAUGUCCACCUCCUGAUAUUUGCCAGUUAUAUUAUAUAAAUAGAGAUACCUUAUUUUCUUAUCAUAAAGCAUCUGAAUUAUUUUUACAAAAAUUAGUGGCUCUUUAUGUUGCUUCACAUUAUAAGAAUAGUCCAAAUGAUUUACAAAUGAUGUCUGAUGCGCCAGCGCAUCACCUAUUUUGCCUUUUGGGUCCAAUAGAUCCAAACAAGAAAACAUUGCCCGAGGUAUUAGUAGUUAUUCAAAUUUGCUUAGAAGGAGAAAUAAGUAAAAAUACUAUAAAUGAUGGACUAGUUCGAGGGCGUAAAGCAGCUGGUGAUCUUAUACCGUGGUCUAUUGCCCAACAAUAUCAAGAUCAAGAUUUCCCUUCAUUAGCUGGAGCACGUAUUGUUCGUAUUGCAACACAUCCUGAAUAUCAUGGAAUGGGAUAUGGUAGUCGAGCAUUGGAAUUAUUGAAACAAUAUUAUGAAAUGAAAAUACUUAAUAUUAAUGAAGCACCACUACAGAUAUGUACAACAGAUAUAUCAAAAGUACAAGAUGAAGAAGUAAAUUUAUUAGAAGAAAGAAUUGAACCUCGAGUUUCUCUUCCACCACUCCUUUUAAAACUAAGUGAAAGACACCCAGAAAAUUUAGAUUAUAUUGGUGUAUCUUUUGGUGUUACUGAACAAUUAUUGAAAUUUUGGAAACGAGCGAACUUUGUGCCAGUAUAUUUAAGACAAACAACAAAUGAUAUUACAGGGGAAAAUUCGUGUAUUAUGUUGUACAAAAUAAAUUCUGGACAAGAAGAUGUUAGAUGGUUACAAGCAUAUUGGAAUGAUUUUCGAAAACGAUUUAUAAAUUUAUUGUCUUUUUCAUUUAGUACUUAUUCAUCUUCAUUGGCUUUAAGUAUAUUGAUUAAUAAUUCAGUUACAUCAGACAUUACAACAUUGACAAAAGAGAUAUUGGAUAUAUAUUUUACAUCUUAUGAUUUAAAACGUUUAACUAUGUAUAGUAAUAAUAUGGUAGAUUAUCAUUUAAUAAUGGAUUUAUUGCCAUCGUUAGCACGUUUAUACUUUUUAAAUAUGAUGGGUGAUACUUAUUUAUCAGCAGUACAAUCGGCAAUUUUGUUAGGAUUGGGUUUACAACAUAAAACUGUUGAUAAAUUAGCAGAAGAAUUAGACUUAGCACCAACACAGUUGCUUGGUUUAUUUAAUCGUACCAUACGUAAAUUUAUACAAUAUCUUAACAGAAUAGCGGAGAAUUUCAUUGAGACCACCAUGAUGAAAAAGGAAAUUGAUAAUGAAAAAGUUCAAUUGAAUCCUAUCAAUGGAAAAAGUUUACAUGAUGAAUUAGAAACUGCAGCUAAGGAAUUAAAAGUAAAACAAAAAGCUGAAUUAGAAAAAUUAAAAAAAGAAAAUUUGGAGCAAUAUGCUAUUAAAGGAACUGAAACUGAUUGGAAUGAUGCACUUUCAGGAAAGAAAAGUAAAAAUCUUAUAUCUAUAAAAAGUGGAGAAAAAAGAGAAUCAGAAGAUAAUAUUACUGAAAUGCGAAAAAAACAGUUUAAAAAAAAGAAAAGACAUUCUUUCAAAAGUUAA